UUUCCAGCUCGUCUCACUGUGAGUCCCAGCAGGUCUCAGUUCUUUAGAGAUGAGUCUGUGUCUCUGAGCUGUGAGGUCGAUGACGGAUCUGGAGGAUGGAGACUGAGGAGGAACACCAGCAGACAGACUAGAGCUGAGUGUGGAGAUGAAUGGGGAAGAUCAUCUGGUUCCACCUGUAACAUCAGCUACGUGGACACAUGGGACAGUGGAGUUUACUGGUGCGAGUCCAGCUCUGCCUCCAGCAGCAGCAGCAGCAGCAGCAGCAGCAGCAUCAACAUCAGUGUCUCUGGUGGAUCAGUGAUCCUGCAGAGUCCUGUCCUCCCUGUGAUGGAGGGACAUGAUGUCACUCUGCACUGUCAAACAAAGAGCCCUCCCUCCAAGCUCCCAGCUGAUUUCUAUAAAGAUGGCUCCCUCAUCAGGACUGAGCCUACAGGUCACAUGACCAUCCACCGUGUCACCAAGUCUGAUGAAGGAGCCUAUAAAUGCAGCAUCCAGGCUGGUGGAGAGUCUGCGUCCAGCUGGAUGCUGGUCUCAGAGCAACCUACCACCACAUCUGUACCUACAACCCCUGGAGCCUCAACCUCUCCAGAUCAUUUUCUUCUCUACAUUUUGAUGUCUGUUGUUUGUGUCUGUGUUCUGGUUCUGCUAGUGAUUCUGUUUGUGAGACGAAAAGUUCAGAAAAAACCUACAGCUGCUGAAGGAAAAGUAUUAGAGGGUGAAAUCACAUACGGUGAUGUUAAAAUAUGUCACCAACAACAGUCAUUCAGACAUAAUAGAGGGAAGGAUGACGCUCCAGUUUACUCAACGGUGAGAACAGAAGACACCAACUACGGACAGAUCAUCAUCAGACACACUGAACCAAGGACCAGAGGACCAGCUGUGGUUUACUCCUCUCUCAGGUCCAGUCUCCCUCCAUCACCUCGUCUCACUGUGAGUCCCAGCAGCUCUCAGUUCUUUAAAGGAGACUUUGUGUCUCUGAGCUGUGAGGACGACGACGGAUCUGGAGGAUGGAGACUGAGGAGGAACACCAGCAAACAGACUAGAGCUGAAUGUGGAGAUGAAUGGGGAAGAUCAUCUGGUUCCACCUGUAACAUCACCUACGUGGACACAUGGGACAGUGGAGUUUACUGGUGCGAGUCCAGCUCUGCAUCCAGCAGGUCUCAGGUCAGCAGGGUGAAGCCUUCACUUCAUAUUACUGUUAACAGAUGUGGUCUUUAUGAUUAGACGA